GUAUUUGUGGAGUAAGUGGGCUGCAGAGCCGCAUUCCAUUCCGACGCUCUAAAUAGCCUUUGUCCGUUUAAGUAUACAAACUUGCAUACAAACAUAGUAGUACAUAGCAUGGUAGUUGGCGACUGCACUGCAACCUGCCUCUCACCUCCACUUCGCCUGCCUCACCUACGUCAUUCCACCGCUUAAUUGGCUUCUUCUGCCCUGGCCCUCGCCUUCUUCUCCUCGCCCCCAUCCACUUCCACUCUUACUCUUGCCCUCUUACAAACCAUGGCCGACCUGACCGAGCCCGCCGCGAUACCUCCGCCCGCAACCAAUGGCGCUCUCCCUGCCGAAAACGCGGCUGGUCAGACGGUCGCUGCCAUUGCCCAGGCCAGCCAGAUUUCCGCAGACGAAAUCGCCCUCUACGACCGCCAGAUCCGCCUCUGGGGUGUCCAAGCCCAGCAAAAGAUUCGCACCGCAAACAUCCUCCUUGUCUCUAUCAAGGCCCUCGCAAACGAAAUCGCAAAGAACCUCGUCCUCGCCGGCAUUGGCUCCAUCACCCUCGCCGACCACGAAAAUGUCACAGAAGAAGACCUGGGCGCGUCCUUCUUCAUCAGCGAUGCCGACGUAGGCAAGAACCGCGCCGAAGCUGCAAGGCCUCAGGUCGAGAAGCUCAACCCACGCGUCGUCGUGAAAACAAUCACGACCGACAUUCGCAUGGAGCAAGAUCCCGGCUUCUAUGCUGCCUACGACGUCAUCAUAGCCACCGACAUGGACUUUCUCUCCACAUCGGCCCUCAACGCAGGCGCGCGCAUAGCAAAGAAGCCCCUUUACGUGGGCGCAUCCCAUGGCAUGUACGGCUACAUCUUCGCCGACCUUGUCGAGCACAACUUUGUUAUUGAGCGCGAAAAGAGCAAUCGCGACACUCAGAUCGGCCCGGAGACUACAACCAGACGCGUCAAGGACGUCCAGGUAAAAAGGGAGAAUGGAAAGGUCGUUGAGCUUGUCACCAAGCAGGAGCUUUACAGCCCACUCAUGCUGGCCAAAGAUUCACCCUUGCCCAGUAACAUUGCAAAUAACCCUAGGAGGCUGAAGAGGGUGCACCCACUCCUCACCUGUGUACGUGCGCUCUGGGAGUACCAGCGCAACGGCCAUGGCAUCUACCCGUCUCACACGCCUCAGGACCUCCAGCUCUUUACCACCAUUGCCAACGUCAAGCACAAGGAGCUUCUCCUCCCUGCGGAAACGCUCAGGGCCGAUGUCCUGAGAAGCUUUUUACAGAAUCUGGGCAGCGAGCUGGCGCCCGUUACAGCCUUCUUGGGCGGCCAACUGGCACAAGACGUCAUCAACGUGUUGGGCCAGCGGGAACAGCCAAUCCAGAACUUGAUGCUGUUUGACGGCGAAGACAGUGCAGGCCCAGUUUAUGCUCUUCACCCCAUCUUCCCAGGCACCCCAGUGCCCAUUAUUCCAAGCAUCCCUGUCGACGCGCCCGUGACGGUAGUGUAGAAAGACUUGGAGAAAUGGGAAGUUGAAUAACUAUAGGCUGGGAAUUCCUGAUAUGCAGUCCCGGACAUCAGAGAACCAUGUAUAGCUAGAGAA